GGCGCUGGAGGCGGGCUGCGCAUUUGGGGCGUUGUGGGUUUGCUCCGAUGGGGUUCUCUCUCAAUCUAGCAUGAAGUACUGCAUCACUUAGCACGGCAUACCAUGUCAUGAUGGUGAUGGCUUCCGCCACCCUAAGGACAGCACGUUUUAUCAAUGCAGCAUUCACGUGCUUGCGCUUGCUAGCGCGCUUUCUUGCUUCGCUCUCGUGGUCUGAACUUUCAACUUACAUGUCACGCGUGUAUGAACUUCCUGGUCAAACAGUAUGACUUCAAAGCCAUCACCGGCACCUACAACACGUGAAAAGCGCACGCCCGCGGAGCAGCCUCCUGUGGCGAAACCGCCGUGUGACAUCCAUGCUUCAGCAAUCAUCGCAGAGAAAGCGCAGAUCACAGGCACUCAUCCCGUAGAAAUCGCUGAAGACGUUGUGGUCCAUCCGUACGCUAAGAUACGUGCUGAAAACGGCAGUGUCAGCAUCGGCAAAGGCAGCAUGAUUUGGGAACGGGCUGUCGUAGGCUGCGCUGAGGGUUCAUAUGCUUGCAGCGUCGAAAUUGGCAUGGAUGUGAGUAUCGAGACUGGUGCAAUUAUUGAAGGUGCCGCCAUCGGUGACGGCACGAUUGUGGAUGUCAAUGCGGUCGUCGAGAGGGGCGCAGUGGUGGGUAAGUGGUGCAGGGUCGCUGCGCUUGAGCGCGUUAAGGCUGGGGAGAAGCUGGAGGACUUCACCGUGGUGUUCGGGGAUGGACGGAGAAGGACGGAUGAGACGAUAAGGAAUCAUGAGGACGUGAGGGAGGCUAGACGUGAUGCUCAGGUAAAGACGGUGGCAGUUAUGAGGGGUUUGGUGGCGGAUGCGAAGGGGAAGUGGCUUUGACGAAGAUUGCGGACUGCUAGCUACAAGCACGAUUACAAUCUGACAAGAGUCGAACACUGUUGUGGCGGAAUCUGACUAAUCUCCGUACUUGACCAGCCCUCACGCGGAAAGGGUGACGAUUCAGUCGCUUCUGUCACGCAGCUCUACGUCGUCCAAAGCUACACUUCGCGCACCCCAAGCAAAGCCGUACCGCGUCCAUUGUUUCGGUACGCGGGUAACGACAGCGUCUUCCAGCUAUAUCGGCACUUCUAUAACAGUGCCAUCCUUUACUGCGCAGUCAACGACCCUGAUAUGGUCGA